UCCUGCGUCGCCGUGGCGACGGGAAAACUCUGCUGUUGUGUUGAAGAGGAUUUGUUUCUCAGCUCAAGUGUGAUUGACAGGUGAGGAUGGACGCUGCUGUGAGACACAGACGAGGACGAGGACGCUCGUUUCUGCCUGAAUUAACGACGACGACCACCAACAUCAGCAACAGGAACAGGAAGUGGAGAUCAGGUGAUCAACACAGGAUGAAGAACGUGGAUGAAUUCCCUCAGAUCAGCUCGAAAGAAGAAAUUGCCACGUUCAGGAACAGUCAGAAACAGAGUGUGUGUGUGAAGAUGCUGCAGGAAGGUUUUCACAGGUCGUUCUCUGAGCUCUUCUCUCUGCUUCAGGUGGAGCAGCAGAAGAGGGCGGAGUCUGAUCCAGCAUCAGCUCAGCAGCUUCAGCCAGAGAAACUGGAGACGAUGAGGCUUCACCUGUGCCGGGCCGAGCAAGCUGAGCGCAGCGGUUCCUGGUCUGUGGUGUGUGAGCAGCGUCUGGUCCUGGGUCAGUACUUCUCAGCGUCGGAGGACCGGUCCCUGAGUUUGCACUUCCUCCGCAGCUGUGCAGGAGGAGAGCGAGCGGGGAACUGCAGGGCAGCCGCCGAGGCCCGGGCCUGUGUGGCUGAGCUGUACCUGCAGCAAGGAGAGCUGGAGCAGGCGAGGCAGCAGGCAGAGCAAUGCCUCAGACAGACUGAAGGGGGCAGCAGCUGGUCGGACUCGACCGGGCGACUCCUGCAGAUGCGGGUGCGCGGGACGUUGUGGAGAAUCUACGACCGACUCGCUGACGCGCCACUGGAGGCCCGGAACUACACUGACGCCCUGCGGCUGCUGCACAGGAGCCACCGUGUGGCCACAGAGUCUGAGGACAGACAGACUGAAGCGACGGCUGCGUAUCGACUUGGACUGACCUACCAGAGCACAGGAGACCACGACACAGCCAAAGAGUUUUUCAGCACGUGUGCACAGAUGUGUGAGUCGCUGCAGGACACGGAGGGACUGGGAAACGCAUACAAGGCUAUGGCCAAGUCUAUGGAGAGUGAGGGAAACACACAGGAAGCUGUCCAGUGUCUGGAGAAGUUUGUCGAAGUCACUCAAAGAAGUGGAGUGAAACACAACCUGGUGGACGCCUGCAUGUGUGUGGGCAAAUUCUACUACACUAUGGGUGAGUACAGCAGAGCGUCUCACUUCUUCCUUCAGUCGUAUGAAGUCGCCUGUGAGACAGGAGACGUGUCUCUGCUGCAGAAAGCUCAGGUGUGGCUGGCGUGUGCUCGUCCUCAGUCUCUGAUCAGGGAGUUCAGCACCUGCACAACACUGAUGUCAAAAUAAAAGCAUUUUUUACCUCA